AUGAACAUUGCACGACGGAAUCUGGCUGUGAAUGUGGAUGAGCUCGGAAAAGAACGUGAACCGAAUAACAAUGGAAAGAUGCGAACGACAUCUGCGCUAUCGAGCUCGAUGUCAACGUUAUCAAUGUGCCGAGCUGCUGGGAACUUGGUGCAGUUGAUCGAAAAUCCAGCUUUUGAAAAUCUCUCAGGGAAAUACUUGGACUCAACAGGGAAACAGAUUAGGUCCGGUGCUGAAGCGACGGAUGAACGGCUCCAAGAACGACUCUGGGCUUACUCGGCAGACCUGGCCAAAGGAUAUGUUUGA